UGCACGCAUACCAUCAAAUUGGCAAUCUAAUAUAUAUAGCUAUAACACAGGUAGUCUGCAAAAAGUCGGAGCCUGCGCACGAGAGGUUAUAAUUCUGUUUACACUUCGUGUAUGUACAUAUAUAUGCCCUGUGCAGUUCUCUCAGUUUCGCAGCAGCACACAACGCGCUUAUCACACACAUCAGUCUGCCUGCCGAGCUGCUAGAGCGCUCGAGAUCGUGUCCCGCGGCGUGCGAAUAUAAAACAUUUCGAUUUUUAGGGCUCGAUUUUCCGUGCAGUGACCGCUGCCUCCUGAAGGAAGAAUCCCAUGCAAAACUGAGGAGCUGCAGUGUUGGUGCCUCGAGUUGGAUUAAUGAUUUUUACGUCGGGGGAUAAUACUUUGGUCGUUCUGCGGUGAAUUUCAAACUAUCCGAUAGCAGUCAAAUAUACGUAUCGAGGGGCGCUUUUUUUUACGUGGUCAGCACCAGUACUGCAAUAUGUUUAUUUCAUAGAAAAUCGCGGCUUCGUCGCGUGUACUCUGAACAUCUCAUCGUGGGCUUGACCUGUUUAAUUUACAAAUCUCUUGAAAUUUCAAAACAUUGCCAUCUAUGCUAACUUCUCUUCGAGCACUGCUUCAUAUAUUUUGUAAAUGGACUAAAGAGGACGUGGCUUUGUUUAAAAUAUGCCAAGAUCCAAUGUUAAAUAUGAACUCACCAGAGAUGACGAUGAUGCCAAUGAUUACUUCUUACAACACGUACAGGAAUAUGAGGGCAUGUCCAAAAAAGCUCUGUUCUGGCGUGGCAUAAUGCAGGCUGUCCUUCUUAUUUCCAUAUAUUUUGUUCUAUCCAUUGGACUGACUUUUUAUCAAAAAUGGUUGUAUAACACUUAUGGAUUUGAUUUUCCAUUGACAGUAGUAAGCUGUCAUUUGGUGUUUAAAUUUUUUAUGACCAGUAUUAUAAGGCACAUGAGAAAAUGUUGCAAAAGUCAACAACCUGUUUGUCAUUUAUCAUGGCAAAAUAUCAUUUGGACACUAGGACCUCCUGGAAUUGCUAGUGGAUUAGAUAUAGGAUUCUCCAAUUGGGCUAUGUCAUUAAUAACAAUGUCUUUGUAUACUAUGACAAAAUCAACAACAAUCAUUUUUAUUCUUGGUUUUGCUCUUCUAUUGAAACUUGAGAAAAAGUCAUGGUCAUUAGCUGGAAUAGUCUUCAUGAUUUCAGGAGGUUUAGUAAUGUUCACUUAUAAAUCAACUAGUUUUGAUCUUAUAGGUUUUCUCUUAUGUUUAUUGGCAUCAUUGACAAGUGGCAUACGCUGGACCGUUGCACAACUAAUUAUGCAAAAAUCUAAACUUGGAUUGAGAAAUCCUAUUGAUAUGAUGUAUUACAUGCAACCAUGGAUGCUUUUAGCAAUUACCCCUGUUGCUAUGGUAAUAGAAGGACCAAAAGUGUACAGAGGACUUUUAAGUGUAGAUUGGAAUGAUACUUUACUAAUAACAACCACAGCAUUUGCUGUUAUUGGAGGAGCUGUUCUUGCGUUCAGUAUGGAAGUUAUGGAAUUUUUAGUUGUUACUCAUAAUUCUAGUCUAACUCUUUCUAUAUCUGGUAUAUUUAAGGAAAUAUGUAUUUUAAUUAUAGCGUAUGAAUGGAAAGGGGAUAGAAUGAAUGGCCUUAAUUUUGUAGGAUUGCUUAUGUGCCUUGGUGGUAUAAUUUUACAUGUUAUAAACAAAAUAUUACAAAAUAAGAAGGAUUCUGCAAAUGAAUUGGAGUUAGAAUCUAAUUCAUUUGCAAAUUUUGUCAAGCCUGAGGAAGUAAUAGAUACAAGUGCUCCAUUGAUAAUGGAAAAAUCCAGCUCACUGACCAAUCUUCUAAAUGCUGAUUUUAGUUCAGAUGAAGAAGAUGAAUUCAAAAGAGAACCAAGUCCCAAUCAAGUCUUAUCUGACAUCAUACUGAGAAGAGAAUGAAAGCAUAAUUUGACGUAUUAAUUUUAAUGUAUGAUAAUGUAUAAAGUUUUGCCAGCACAUUCCAGUCUAUGUGAAAUUCUGUUCUAAAAAAACUACGAAAAGUUUUGACUGUAAAUGAUUCUAUAAAACUUUAUUAAUUCGUUUGAGUCACUAGAAAAUAAGAAUCAAUGACUUGAAGCGUCGAUAUAGCAGUGAGAUGUAUUUACAAGUGAUAAAAGUUAUUGUUUAGAUAAUGCUUGUAGUCUAGUUACGGUUAUGUUAUAAAUGUUGCCAUUCUACGAUCUCACGUAGAAAUAUUACAAGUUAUUGCUGUGUAAAUGACAUUUAAUUUGGGAAAGUGUUACCAAAGGUUUACAUUUUUGGUAUCUAGUGUCAAAGAUGCCAUUUUUUUAAAAUUAAAUGUUACUUAAUUCUGUACUGGUGAAACGCUAUUGCGUUUUUGGAUGGACUACUGUUCAUUAAGUGAAAUUAAUAUUCUUUAAUGGGAUUGAUUAAAAGCAUUUAAAUUAUAUCAGUUUUGCUUAAAUUAAUUUUUUGGAAAAUGAAGAAAACCGCCUAAAAGCAGAAUUUUAAAAUUGUAAAACAUUGAUCAAUGUGAAAAGCUGAAAAAUGGUAAAUAUUUAAUGACCGAAUGUACAUAUUUGAUGUUGAUGACGUUUUCUUUGCAAAUAAAAUUCUAAAAAUCUAGGUAUAAGUUA